GGUAUGGGCAUUUCGAAUGGCUGGUCAUGCCAUUUGGCCUUACGAAUGCCCCAGCCACUUUUCAAGCGGCUAUGACGACGGAGUUCCGACACAUGCUGGAUCGUUUCGUACUUAUCUACCUCGACGACGUCCUGGUUUACAGCCAGAGUCUGGACGAGCAUGUGGAACACCUGCGCACCGUUUUGGAGCAGCUACGACAGGCCAAGUACAAAGCAAACCGCGACAAGUGCGAGUUCGCACAGCAGGAGCUGGAGUACUUGGGUCUCUAUGUGAUGCCGCAAGGCAUCCGUCCGCUUGCGGACAAGAUCGAGGCCCUACGAGUAUGGCCCGAGCCCACCAACACCACGGGCGUUCGUUCAUUCAUGGGGUUGGCGGGCUACUAUCAGCGAUUCAUCACCGGAUACUCCAGGAUUGCUGCACCUAUGACGAGGUUACAGUCGCCAAAGGUGCCAUUCGUAUUCGAUGACGACGCACGCCGGUCAUUCCAAGCACUUAAGACGGCUAUGCUCAUGGCACCCCUCCUUAACAUCUAUGACCCCACCCUGCCGACGCGAGUGACUACGGACGCUUUCGGCUAUGGCAAUCGGGCAGUCUUGGAACAGCACGACGGCGACGACUGGCACCCUGUGGAGUAUUUUAGCCACAAAGUGCCUCCCAUCAACUCGCUUGAUGAUGCAAGGAAGAAGGAGCUGCUCGCAUUCGUGAUGGCUCUCAAGCACUGGCGACACUUCCUCCUUGGGCGUCGUAGGUUCACAUGGGUCGCAGACAACAAUCCAUUGACCUACUACAAGACGCAGGACACGGUGAGCAGCACGAUCGGACGAUGGAUGUACUUCAUCGACCAAUUUGACUUCACACCGAAACAUGUCCCCGGCCUCUCCAAUCGCGCAACAAAUGCACUCUCACGAAGACCUGAUCUUUGCGCUAUGUCACAUCAUGCCUUCGCAUUCGACGAGGAGCUUCAACGACACUUCAUCCGGGCAUAUCAGUCUGAUCCGGACUUCGGCACGCUCUAUGCACAACUAUCUUCGGAUCACCCGCCGGCCAGCCAUUACCGCAUUGUCGACGGGUACUUGCUCCUCCACUCGAGAGGCAAGGACUUACUAUGUGUCCCACGUGACCGUCGUCUUCGGACUCGACUCCUCGGCGAGUACCAUGAUUCACGACUCGCCGGCCAUUUCGGAGUCAACCGCACGGCUUCGACAGCGAUUCCGAUGGCCCGACCUCAUUACCGAUGUCACUCGGUAUUGCGACUCCUGCGAAGUUUGCCGACGCAGCAAGCCCCGCAACCGCAAUCCCUACGGCGAGUUACACACGAUGCCUAUCCCACGGGAACCCGGUCUCUCCAUUGCCAUGGACGUCACCGGUCCGUUCCCUCGCGACCGGCUCGGGCACGACUGCAUCCUCACGGUGGUGGACCGAUUGACGACCGCGACACUCGUUUCAUGUCGGCUUUUUGGACUGCUCUCAUGCAGGAGUCCGACACAACAAUGAAACCAAGUUCGGCUCGACAUCCUCAGACAGACGGCCAGACGGAGCGGGCACAUCAGACCGCUCAAAUGAUGCUUCGUACGCUCCUCCGUCCAGACCAGAACGAUUGGGUUGGCCGCCUCCCCGACAUCGAGUUCGCCUGCAACACUUCGGUGCAUCCGGCGAUCGGCGUGACUCCAUUCGAGUUGCACCACGGUGGACGGAAAGGCCGGAUCUUCGCAGACCUUUUUCUCCCUCGACCAGCCGACAUUGACGCUGCCUGCUCUCCCGCUUCCGUCCGGAAGUACAGGGAAUUGCUGACUCAAGCCCGUGCAAAUAUGCAAAAGGCUCAAGUCCGCAUGCAGCAGCAAGCCAACAGGCGUCGCCUACCAUGUCCCAUCCGCGUCGGUGAUCUGGUUUGGGUCUCCGCGGAAGAGUUUGCACUGGAACAGGAUGUUUCACGCAAACUGCUUCCCAAGUGGUUUGGACCUUGGUCUGUGACAGCAGCCGCGGGCGAUAAGCCCGAUGGCCCUUCAUUUGUGAUCAACAUUCCAGAGCAUCUGACGGUCCAUCCGGUCUUCCAUGCCUCGAAGUUGGCAACAUACACGCCAGCCAAGAGCGACGACUUUCCGGACCAACGAUCGCAGGACCCUCCUUCUAUAGAUGGCCAUCAGGAAGUUGACCACGUCAUCUCCGAUCGCAAGUACGGUAGCAAGCCGCGGCAGUACAAAGUCACAUUCAAAGCAUGCGAUCGUGACGACACUCGGUGGAUUUCAGGCGCCGAUUUGAAAGCAUCCGCACCGCUGAUCUACGCGCAUUAUGAAAAGCGCAGGUUAGCUCAGGAAGCUUCACGACCAGCCCCUCCCACCCGGACUGUGGUCCCUCCCUCAGACAGACAGCUUCACCCUCGCAGGUAAGCUCGGUUCUUCAAGGAGGGGGGGGGGGGUGGCAUACUGCGUAGCCACACGGGCCCCGCAGGGCCCGUCCCGGACAUUCAGCCUAAAAGC